UAUCGUUUGGCUGCGUUUUUUGUAUUUACUUGAACUUUUGGCAUUGUUCUCUUCUCUUAUGUGUUGGGAGUUUCCAACCGGCGUCGUGCUUCUAUUAAUUUUCCCAUUUUAAAAUGUCCUUUGACGCAAUACCUAAAGAUCUGCGUGGUCUACGCGCAUGUUUGGUUUGUUCUCUAGUCAAGACUUUUGAUCAAUUCGAGACGGAUGGCUGUGAAAACUGUGAAGAGUUCCUGCGCAUGAAGAACAACAAGGACAAUGUGUACGAUCAUACGAGCAACAAUUUCGAUGGCAUGAUCGCACUGACAACACCCACCGACUCUUGGGUGGCCAAAUGGCAGCGACUUGCACGCUUUACUCGUGGCAUCUAUGCCAUAUCCGUGUCGGGCAACCUGCCACAUUCGACGCUGCGCGAUAUGAAGAAUCGCGGUAUCGUCUACAAGACAAGAGAUCGAAGUCAGCGCUAGAAAUACGCAUGCUUUUUUUGGCGUACAAAAUAUGUAGUUUAUUUUUAAGUAAUAACGAAACCACAAGCAAAUAUAGCUAGAAUAAAAUACAGUUUUAGGCAGA